UCCUUAUUUCACCUUCAGAUCUUAUAUGUAAUAUCUUUCUCAUAUUUCAUUUAAGCAUACUGGAUACUAGUUGCUCUUGUCAGCAUUCUCAUAUCGUAUGCAUGCAGUUUUAAUUUUUGUUUCAGGUAUUGCCGAACAAGUUUAUUCAAUUCAGUUAGUUUGAUGGCUUAUAAUGCCUUCUACACAAGCAUUCCUGUUCUAACUACUGCUCUGGACAAGGAUUUAUCUGAAAAGACAGUGGCACAGAACCCAGAAAUUUUACUUUACUGCCAGGCUUUUAAUCCAAGUACAUUUGCUGGUUGGUUUGGUCGAUUAUUAUAUCAUGCAAUUGUUAUUUUCUUAAUCACCACUCAUGCUUAUGCCGAUGAAAAAGGUGAGACGGAGGAGUUGUCAAUGGUUGCUCUCUCAGGAAGUACAUUGUUGCAGGCGUCUGUCUGUUGUGACAUUAGAGAUGAGUUCUUUCACUUCUCUGCGGUUUCUGCCAAAUGGGGAAACUUUGCUGCUUUCCACAUCAUAAAUUUCUGUAUCGGCAGUUCAGCACCAUACCAACUGCUGGGAUGUACACUAUCAUGUACCGCCUUUGUAGACAGCCGCCAUACUGGAUAACAAUGGCGGUAACAGCUAAUCAGUGGAGUUGGCAUGGGUCCUGUAAUAGCUCUGAAAUAUUUGAAAUAUACAUAGUCCUAGUGCUAUUAACAUUCUUGAGAAGACCGAGCAAUCACGCGGCCCUAUGUAUACCCUGGUAAAUCUGGAAUCUCAACUGAGGUCAGAGAACGAUAAUUCGACCAGCUCCAUAUCGACCGACGACCGGCGUCGGUCAAGAAUAAGAGCUCAGUUUAUGAGCCCCUGCUGUCUGAUUCUCCUAUGGCAUCCAGGAGAUCAGGAGAUCACUAGCACCGUCAUCAUUUGACAUCUUUCAUCCAGCUCAGUCAAGGGUUGCAGCUGCUUAUCCCAGAAAUAUUAAAACCAGUUAACCUUUGGUUGUCAUUGUAGUAGCACAGGUCAUACCCUCAACAAAGAAAAAUGGAAUGACAAAUAAUAGAGGUCAGUUGAAUUAGAUGUGUUGUAUAGUACGUAGAAAAAAAGUGUGUCGUAUAGUGCCAUUAAGGAUUUUCUAAAUAGAAUAUAGAUGAAAAUAAGCAGCUUGCAAGGAUGAGGAAUGCUAAUAAUUUGGUGGGAAAAAUAAAAUUCUGCGAUAGUCAUUAGUAUUAUCUAGAAUACGAAGUUGUAUGAGUGGGUGCAAACAAACAAAUAUAAAAGGAUCACGCUUGUGCAUGUGAAGUUGUGCACUGAA